AAAUUCUCAAACCGAUUAUGGUUCGGUCGGGAUUUUGACUGUACAGUACUUACAUCUUCUUCAUCUGACGAUAGCAAAAAUGACAAGCAAUCCCUAAUUUCGCCUCAAAAAUCCCAAAAAGCUUCGUUCUUUUUUAGUCAUCAUCUUCUUCUUUUCUUCUUCGUUGGUAGCUAAAUCGUAGAUGGCGACUUCUCUGGUCUCUCCUCUUACUUCACAGCUCAACCAUGAAGCUGUCUGUUCCAAGUCUGUGCUUCCCAAAUCACCGUUCAUGUCUGGAUCUAAGCUCUUUUCAUCGAACAUGCCUUGCUCUACUGUUCCUAGACGUACAAGGAUAUCACACUGCUUUGCUUCUGCUAAAGAUAUGAGCUUUGACCAUAUCCCUAAACAAUUUCGAGGAGACAAUCUCAAAGACGGAGUGAUGCAGAACUUCAAGACUGUACCGCAAUAUUUUUACGGGCUUAAUCCAGCUCAAAUGGAUAUGUUCAUGACGGAGGAUAGCCCUGUCCGUAGGCAAGCGGAAAAAGUUACAGAGGAAAGCAUCUCAUCUAGAAGAAAUUAUUUGGACAAUGGAGGAAUAUGGAGUAUGUCCGGUAUGAAUGCAGCAGACGCUAGAAGAUAUAGCAUGAGUGUCCAGAUGUACAGAGGUGGAGGUGGCGGGGGAGGAUCUGAAAGACCAAGAACUGCUCCUCCAGAUUUGCCUUCUUUGCUAUUGGACGCUCGGAUAUGCUACCUUGGAAUGCCAAUCGUACCUGCAGUUACUGAGUUACUCGUUGCUCAAUUUAUGUGGCUAGAUUAUGAUAACCCAACUAAGCCCAUCUACCUAUAUAUAAAUUCACCCGGGACCCAGAAUGAGAAGAUGGAAACUGUUGGAUCAGAAACAGAGGCCUAUGCCAUAGCUGAUACCAUCUCUUAUUGCAAAUCAGAUGUAUACACUAUCAAUUGUGGCAUGGCGUUUGGUCAAGCAGCAAUGCUUCUUUCUCUCGGGAAAAAAGGUUAUCGUGCCGUACAACCACAUUCAUCAACAAAAUUAUAUCUGCCAAAAGUAAACAGAUCGAGUGGAGCUGCCAUAGACAUGUGGAUAAAGGCCAAGGAACUUGAUGCAAAUACCGAGUACUACAUCGAGCUGUUAGCUAAGGGAACAGGGAAAUCCAAAGAGCAGAUCAACGAGGACAUCAAGCGACCUAAAUAUCUCCAAGCACAAGCAGCCAUUGACUAUGGAAUUGCAGACAAGAUAGCUGACUCGCAGGAUAGUUCCUUUGAGAAACGGGAUUACGAUGGGACUCUUGCCCAGAGAGCCAUGAGACCUGGAGGAGGCAGCCCAACAGCUCCAGCUGGACUAAGAUGAUCAAUUCCCAUUAAAAAAAAGGAGGUUGAAUCCCAAUUUCCUAGUUACUCUGGAAUAUGUAGCUCUUACAAUCUAUAAGCAAACACAUGUUGUAGUAACAUACAAGAAGUGUUGGCAAAAAGGGAAAAAAAAAACAUCAAAAGUUGUCUAGGUGGAAAGUUAUUUGUAUUAUACAUGUAUCUCUCUAGAUGCAAGUUUCUCACACUCUGAAAAAACCUAGUUUUGGGUUUUCGGGAUUUUCAGAAUUUUCAGAAAGAAGGGAAGAAUCGGUUGAGGUUGUAAGGCAA